GCUACCUGUCGCUCAUCUUGGCCCGCCGGCAUAUCGUAUGCCGGCGGCGAUUAUGCAAUCCAACAACAACGACGAGCAUGACAUCGUUGUCGCCAAUCAAACACAGGGGGGGUCGUCGUACACUGCUAGACUCAUGGACGACGAGGCGAUUCAGUCGCUGCGUCGAGACUUGCGCGAGUACGAAGUCAAUAUUGCUCGGCAUGGGCAUCUGCAGGAGUACGUUGCGUCGAAACCGGUCCAAGUCAGCCGCAUUGAGCUUCUCCAAUCGACCUCCCCGGGCAACACCUACGAUCCCCCAACGACCCCCUCCACCCACGGAACGCCGCGCCAAACUUCUCGGCGGCAGCACCCCAGUAGCGUCAUUCGACACCGCGACUCGUUUGCCACCGCCAUGGUCAAGCACCACCUCGGCUUUGACCCUCUUAUGAAAACUGACGACGACAUCGAGAACCAGGACAUCACCCCCAUCGCUGCCCCCGCAACGACAGGUGACGCCUUGCUGCUUCCGUGUCGACCGGCGUCCGCUACGUCGACCUCCUGUCAAACCACGCUACCAUCGAAACCAACUAGCUGUCGACCAGCCACAGUCAACGUGGGUAAAGGAGAGGGGGCGCGGCAGCGUUUGUAUACGAAAGUGCACUCCGAAGAAAAAGCAUCGUUGCAAGGGCUAGAAGCACAGUACUUUGCGGCCAAAGACAUGCUGCUGCGCCAUAUGGAUCGGUGGGGCGUGCACAGUCGUCCUGACGGAGACGUCAGCCACUCGGUGUUUGCAAAGUUGAGUAAAUUCGAUGAAAAGGUUGGCAUCCACCACCCUGAAGAUGCCGACCAUCGCAAACACCCACGAUCUAGUCGACAGCCACCGCCAGUAACAUCUGUGCUGCUGCCCCUCAUGAGUAGUAGUGCUACCACACCCCGCCAACCACACAAACAAGUUAGAAUACAUCAAAACUAAUCAAUCCUUACCUGCCA